GGAAGCAGCAAAAACAAGCGAGCAGCAGUAAGGGCAGCCGCAGCUCGUGUUCGCGCUGACCGCUCCGGAGUCACCAUGGCUUGGACCAAGUACCAGCUGUUUCUGGCCGGCUUAAUGCUCACCACCGGCUCCCUCAACACACUGUCAGCCAAAUGGGCUGACAUGUUUUCUGCUGGUGGGUGCCAUGACCCCAAGGAACGCCCCUUCUCCCACCCGUUCCUCCAGGCUGUGUGUAUGUUUUUGGGUGAGCUGAGCUGCCUGGCUGUUUUCUACAUGCUCCUCUGUCAUGACCGCCGCAAACCUGAGCCCACCAUGGAGCCAGGCCAGAGUUUUAACCCCCUCCUCUUUCUUCCUCCUGCCCUCUGUGACAUGACUGGAACUUCUAUCAUGUAUGUCGCCCUGAAUAUGACCAGUGCCUCCAGUUUCCAGAUGUUGCGAGGUGCUGUGAUCAUUUUCACUGGACUCUUGUCUGUGGCGUUCUUGGGACGUCGACUAUUAGCCAGUCAGUGGCUUGGGAUUCUAAUCACCAUCGUUGGCCUGAUUGUGGUUGGGCUAGCUGAUUUCGUCUCCGGCAAUAAAGAUAGUCACAAACUCAGUGAAGUCAUCACAGGAGACCUUUUGAUCAUCAUGGCACAGAUCAUCGUGUCUGUACAGAUGGUGUUAGAAGAAAAGUUUGUUUACAAGCACAACGUCCAUCCUUUGAAAGCAGUAGGGACUGAGGGGUUUUUUGGUUUUGUCAUCCUCUCCCUUUUGCUCAUCCCAAUGUACUACAUCCCAGCAAGCGGCUUCAGCGACAACCCAAGGCAGGUUCUGGAAGAUGCACUUGACGCUUUUUGCCAGAUUGGCCACAAUCCGGUCAUUUUGGUGGCACUGCUGGGUAACACAGUAAGCAUUGCAUUCUUCAAUUUUGCUGGCAUCAGCGUAACCAAGGAGAUCAGUGCCACCACACGCAUGGUGCUGGACAGCCUGCGUACACUGGUCAUUUGGGUGGUAAGCCUGGCACUGGGCUGGGAGCAAUUCCAUGGCCUGCAGAUUUUGGGCUUCAUCAUCUUGCUUUUGGGCACUGCACUCUACAAUGGACUUCACAAGCCCUUGAUGGCCAGGCUGCCCUGCUGGGCUGGAGCGCAAGGCGAGGACGUGGGAGACUCGGUUGAGAGAGAGCGACUGCUGGGUGGAGGCAGAACAGCAGAGGACAGCUAAUGAUGAACAGUAAACAAAACUGACAGCACAGAUGGACUCUGAACUCUGUGCCGUGUGUUUUUAGGUAUGUUGUCUGGAUACUUUGCAUCAGCUCUUUGUUUUCUGUUGAGCUAAACUAAAGUGACUGGAUGUGUGGACUUUUGGAACAUUCUGAAAACCUUUUUGACCUAUUUUUGGGUCUGAUUCAUGUUCAGAAAUAUUUAGUUUCUUUCAAAUAAGUUUCCAUGGAACAAUGGAGAUAAACAAGAGUUGAUAUUUAGUGAUCUAAGACAUUUUUGUGAUCUAAAACUUGAGUAUAUUUUACCACUUCUCAUAAUACCAUAGUCAGCUGUUUCUAAAAAGGGACAGGGACCUAGUAUAAUUUUAUUGUAAUAUUUUGUUUUAAGCAUUUUAAUCUUUUUAUUAAUUCUUAACAAAUAUUUGUAAAUGGCUAAAGCAUUUGCUGCCUGGUCAUUUCUUUUUUUAAUAAACACUAUUGGCCAAUGAAGUGCAGAAGGAAAAUGUGGAUUUUGUUUUUCUUAAAACCUAGUUGUUGUUUUUUUUAUGUAUUGUUUGACACAAUUUGCGUUGUUAUGGGAGGCCCUACAUUUAUCAGUCUGUUUAACACUGUAAUGUUGUCAAACCUGGACAUUAAAUGAAAAUAGAUUGUAAGUUAUUCAUUACUAAAAUCCCCUGUUCUUGAACAAAUGUCAGUGUGUGAUUACAAUCAUAUAUAUUUGAAUGUUUUUCAUAUGUUUGGCUGUUGAAUGAACUUGGAAUUUCAUGAUAAUUUGAGUAAUGUUUGUCUUUGACACUUAUCUGUUUAAUUAAAUGUCCUCUCUCAUUUUCA